CUGGCGGCGCGGCGGGCGGGCUCAGCCGGGGCGCGGCCGGGCGGGCGGAGCGCGGUGCCGGCCGGUGUCCCUCUGCCUCGGCAUGUCCGACUCCGGCGGCGGCGGGGGCGGCGGCCCCGGCGGCGAGGAAGGCGGCAUGGAGGUGUCGGGCUCGGCGGUGCAGAACGUGGCCGACGUGUCGGUGCUGCAGAAGCACCUGCGCAAGCUGGUGCCGCUGCUGCUGGAGGAUGGCGGCGAGGCGCCGGCGGCGCUGGAAGCGGCGCUGGAGGAGAAGGGCGCCGUGGAGCAUAUGCGCAAGUUCCUCUCCGACCCGCAGGUCCACACGGUGCUGGUGGAGCGCUCCACGCUCAAAGAGGAUGUGGGAGAUGAAGGAGAAGAGGAAAAAGAGUUCAUUUCCUACAGUAUCAGCACUGACAUUCAUUAUGGAAUAAAGUCAAACAGCCUGGCGUUCAUUAAACGUACAGCAGUGAUCGAUGCCGACAAACCAGUGUCCUCCCAGCUCAGAGUGCUCACUCUCAGUGAAGAUUCUCCGUAUGAAACAUUGCACUCUUUCAUUAGCAAUGCUGUUGCUCCCUUCUUCAAGUCCUACAUCCGAGAAUCUGGCAAAGCAGACAGGGAUGGAGAUAAGAUGGCUCCUUCAGUUGAGAAAAAGAUUGCAGAGCUUGAAAUGGGCCUCUUGCAUUUGCAACAGAAUAUUGAAAUUCCGGAGAUCAGUCUGCCCAUUCAUGCAACCAUUACUAAUGUUGCCAAGCAAUGUUAUGAACGUGGAGAAAAACCAAAAGUUACAGAUUUUGGUGAGAAGGCUGAGGAUCCAUUAUUCCUUAAUCAGUUACAGUCUGGAGUCAACCGCUGGAUUAGAGAAAUACAAAAGGUGACCAAAUUAGAUCGAGAUCCUGCAUCAGGCACUGCAUUACAGGAGAUAAGCUUCUGGUUGAAUUUGGAAAGGGCCCUGUACCGCAUUCAGGAAAAACGUGAAAGUCCAGAAGUUCUGCUGACUCUGGACAUUCUGAAACAUGGCAAACGUUUCCAUGCAACUGUCAGCUUUGAUACUGACACAGGUCUGAAACAGGCGCUGGAAACUGUGAAUGACUAUAAUCCACUAAUGAAAGACUUUCCACUGAAUGACUUGCUGUCUGCUACGGAGCUGGACAAAAUCAGGCAGGCCCUUGUUGCAAUAUUUACCCAUUUGAGAAAAAUCAGGAACACAAAAUACCCAAUCCAAAGGGCAUUGCGUUUAGUGGAGGCUAUUUCAAGAGAUCUGAGCUCUCAGCUGCUUAAAGUGUUGGGAACCAGAAAACUGAUGCAUGUGGCCUAUGAAGAAUUUGAAAAGGUAAUGGUUGCAUGCUUUGAAGUAUUCCAAACCUGGGAUGAUGAAUAUGAGAAACUACAAGUUCUGCUGAGAGAUAUCGUGAAGAGAAAAAGGGAAGAGAACCUGAAGAUGGUGUGGCGCAUCAAUCCUGCUCACAGGAAGCUCCAGAGCCGUCUUGAUCAAAUGAGGAAAUUCAGGCGUCAGCAUGAGCAGCUGAGAGCAGUCAUUGUGAGAGUCUUGCGACCUCAGGUAACGGCUGUUGCCCAGCAAAAUCAAGGAGAGGUACCUGAACCACAGGAUAUGAAAGUAGCAGAAGUCCUUUUUGAUGCUGCAGAUGCUAAUGCAAUUGAAGAAGUCAAUCUUGCUUAUGAGAAUGUUAAGGAAGUAGAUGGAUUAGAUGUUUCCAAAGAAGGUACAGAAGCCUGGGAGGCAGCAAUGAAACGCUAUGAUGAAAGAAUUGAUAGAGUUGAAACAAGGAUAACAGCCCGUCUGAGAGACCAGCUCGGUACAGCAAAGAACGCCAAUGAAAUGUUCAGAAUCUUCUCCCGCUUUAACGCCUUGUUUGUCAGACCUCACAUUCGCGGCGCCAUUCGUGAGUACCAAACACAGUUGAUCCAGCGUGUGAAGGAUGAUAUCGAGUCUCUUCAUGACAAAUUUAAAGUACAAUAUCCACAGAGUCAGGCGUGUAAAAUGAGUCACGUUCGUGACUUGCCUCCUGUGUCUGGGUCUAUAAUUUGGGCGAAACAGAUUGACAGGCAGCUCACCGCUUACAUGAAGCGUGUGGAGGAUGUCCUUGGCAAAGGCUGGGAGAACCAUGUGGAAGGUCAGAAGCUGAAGCAGGACGGAGAUAGCUUUCGCAUGAAGCUCAACACUCAGGAGAUCUUUGAUGACUGGGCAAGAAAAGUUCAGCAACGCAACCUCGGUGUGUCUGGUCGCAUUUUCACCAUCGAAAGCACUCGUGUUCGAGGUCGAACUGGGAAUGUCCUGAAACUGAAAGUCAACUUCCUGCCAGAAAUAAUUACACUUUCAAAAGAAGUCAGAAACCUGAAGUGGCUCGGUUUCCGUGUCCCACUAGCAAUUGUCAACAAAGCUCACCAAGCAAACCAGCUCUAUCCAUUUGCUAUUUCUCUCAUUGAAAGUGUCCGCACAUAUGAGCGAACAUGUGAGAAAGUAGAAGAGCGUAAUACUAUCUCACUGCUGGUCGCUGGCUUGAAGAAAGAGGUGCAGGCUUUGAUUGCAGAAGGAAUUGCACUCGUCUGGGAAUCAUACAAGCUUGAUCCAUACGUUCAGCGCUUGGCUGAGACUGUCUUCAGUUUCCAGGAAAAGGUGGAUGAUCUGCUCAUUAUUGAAGAGAAGAUAGACCUGGAAGUGAGAUCAUUGGAAACCUGCAUGUAUGAUCACAAGACUUUCUCCGAAAUCUUGAACAGAGUUCAAAAAGCUGUGGAUGAUUUAAAUCUUCAUUCAUACUCAAAUUUGCCAAUCUGGGUCAAUAAGUUGGAUAUGGAGAUUGAAAGAAUCCUGGGUGUUCGUUUGCAAGCUGGACUUAGGGCCUGGACUCAGGUUCUUCUGGGACAAGCAGAUGACAAAGCAGAAGUUGACAUGGAUACAGAUGCUCCUCAAGUGAGCCAUAAGCCUGGUGGUGAACCCAAGAUCAAAAACAUUGUACAUGAACUAAGAAUAACCAACCAGGUGAUAUAUUUGAAUCCACCAAUUGAAGACUGUAGAUACAAACUUUACCAAGAAAUGUUUUCUUGGAAAAUGGUAAUCCUGUCACUGCCAAGAAUUCAAAGUCAGAGAUACCAGGUUGGAGUGCAUUAUGAGCUGUCUGAGGAAGAGAAGUUCUAUCGUAAUGCAUUGACAAGGAUGCCUGAUGGCCCUGCAGCUCUGGAGGAGUCAUACUCAGCGGUCAUGGGAAUUGUGACUGAAGUGGAGCAGUAUGUCAAGGUUUGGCUGCAGUACCAGUGUCUGUGGGACAUGCAAGCUGAAAACAUAUACAACCGUCUUGGAGAAGACCUGAAUAAGUGGCAGGCCCUUUUGGUUCAGAUAAGAAAGGCAAGAGGAACAUUUGACAAUGCAGAAACCAGAAAGGAGUUUGGACCUGUUGUCAUAGACUAUGGCAAGGUACAAUCAAAGGUGAACUUGAAGUAUGAUUCCUGGCACAAGGAGGUGCUCAGCAAAUUUGGCCAAAUGCUUGGUCAGAAUAUGACAGAGUUUCAUUCACAAAUUUCUAAGUCCCGUCAAGAGCUGGAGCAGCAUUCUGUGGACACUGCUAGCACAUCAGAUGCCGUGACGUUCAUCACAUACGUGCAGUCCUUGAAACGUAAAAUCAAACAGUUUGAAAAGCAAGUUGAGCUUUAUCGCAAUGGUCAGCGCUUGCUUGAGAAGCAAAGGUUCCAGUUCCCUUCCUCUUGGCUGUACAUUGACAACAUUGAAGGAGAAUGGGGUGCCUUCAAUGACAUUAUGCGUAGGAAGGAUUCUGCCAUUCAACAACAAGUAGCAAAUCUGCAGAUGAAAAUAGUUCAAGAGGAUCGUGCAGUGGAGAGCCGAACAACUGACUUGCUGACAGACUGGGAGAAAACAAAGCCUGUAACAGGAAAUCUGCGUCCAGAAGAGGCUCUUCAAGCUCUUACCAUUUACGAAGGAAAAUUCGGCAGGCUGAAGGAUGACCGUGAGAAGUGUGCCAAGGCCAAGGAAGCUCUGGAACUUACAGAUACUGGACUGCUCAGUGGCAGUGAAGAGCGCGUCCAGGUAGCCCUUGAAGAGCUGCAGGAUCUCAAAGGUGUCUGGUCUGAACUCUCUAAGGUCUGGGAACAAAUUGAUCAAAUGAAAGAACAACCCUGGGUCUCAGUACAGCCUCGCAAGCUUCGACAAAACUUGGAUGGUCUGCUGAACCAACUGAAAAACUUCCCUGCCCGUUUGCGACAGUACGCCUCCUAUGAGUAUGUCCAGAGACUUCUGAAGGGCUACAUGAAGAUAAACAUGUUAGUUAUUGAACUGAAAUCCGAGGCACUUAAAGACCGACACUGGAAACAGCUGAUGAAGAGGCUUCAUGUUAACUGGGUUGUCUCAGAACUGACCCUGGGCCAGAUCUGGGAUGUUGAUCUACAGAGAAAUGAAGCAAUUGUCAAAGAUGUUCUGCUUGUGGCUCAGGGAGAGAUGGCUUUGGAAGAGUUCUUGAAACAGAUAAGAGAAGUGUGGAACACCUAUGAGCUGGACUUGGUCAAUUACCAGAACAAGUGUCGUUUGAUUCGUGGAUGGGAUGACCUUUUCAACAAAGUCAAGGAGCACAUUAACAGCGUGUCUGCUAUGAAGCUGUCACCAUACUACAAGGUGUUUGAGGAAGAUGCCCUGAGCUGGGAAGAUAAGCUGAACCGUAUCAUGGCACUCUUUGAUGUCUGGAUAGAUGUCCAGAGGCGGUGGGUCUACUUGGAGGGUAUCUUUACUGGCAGUGCAGACAUCAAGCACUUGCUGCCUGUGGAGACCCAGCGGUUCCAGAGCAUCAGCACUGAAUUCUUGGCACUCAUGAAAAAGGUGUCCAAAUCUCCACUUGUGAUGGAUGUUCUGAACAUUCAAGGUGUGCAGAGAUCAUUAGAGAGACUGGCAGACUUACUUGGGAAGAUACAGAAAGCCCUGGGAGAAUACUUGGAAAGGGAGAGGUCCUCUUUCCCUCGGUUCUACUUUGUUGGUGAUGAGGACUUGCUUGAAAUCAUUGGAAACAGCAAAAAUGUGGCCAAGUUGCAGAAACACUUCAAGAAAAUGUUUGCUGGAGUCUCUAGCAUUAUUCUCAAUGAAGACAAUUCUGUGGUUCUUGGGAUAUCCUCACGUGAAGGAGAGGAGGUGCUGUUCAAAACACCCGUCUCCAUCACAGAACAUCCCAAGAUCAAUGAGUGGCUCACUCUUGUUGAAAAAGAGAUGAGGGUGACCCUUGCUAAAUUGCUUGCAGAGUCUGUUACUGAAGUAGAAAUCUUUGGAAAAGCAACUUCAAUUGAUCCAGCAGUCUACAUCUCUUGGAUUGACAAAUACCAGGCUCAGCUUGUUGUGCUGUCAGCCCAGAUUGCUUGGUCUGAGAAUGUGGAGUCAGCCCUAAAUGGUGGAGGAGGAGACAACAGUCCUCUCCAGUCUGUGCUAGCCAAUGUUGAGGUCACACUCAAUGUCCUGGCAGACUCUGUGCUGAUGGAGCAGCCACCCCUUCGCAGAAGGAAACUGGAGCACUUGAUCACUGAGUUGGUGCACCAGAGAGAUGUUACAAGAUCACUGAUCAAAAGCAAGAUUGACAACUCCAAAUCCUUCGAGUGGCUCAGCCAAAUGCGGUUCUACUUUGACCCAAAGCAGACAGAUGUGUUGCAGCAGCUCUCCAUUCAGAUGGCAAAUGCCAAAUUCAACUAUGGCUUUGAGUACCUUGGGGUUCAGGAUAAGCUGGUACAGACUCCUCUCACUGACCGCUGCUACCUGACAAUGACACAAGCCCUGGAGGCAAGACUUGGAGGAUCACCAUUUGGUCCUGCUGGUACUGGUAAAACAGAAUCUGUUAAAGCUCUUGGACAUCAACUCGGCCGCUUUGUGUUGGUUUUCAACUGCGAUGAAACAUUUGACUUCCAGGCAAUGGGACGCAUCUUUGUGGGACUUUGCCAAGUGGGCGCGUGGGGCUGCUUUGAUGAGUUCAACAGACUGGAGGAGCGAAUGCUCUCUGCAGUUUCACAGCAAGUUCAGUGCAUCCAGGAAGCCUUGAGAGAGCAUUCCAACCCCAACUAUGACAAGACUGCAACACCCAUUACCUGUGAGCUGCUGAACAAACAAGUCAAAGUGAGCCCUGACAUGGCUAUCUUCAUCACCAUGAAUCCUGGCUAUGCAGGCAGAUCCAAUCUGCCUGACAACUUGAAGAAGUUGUUUCGUAGCUUGGCAAUGACAAAACCAGACCGUCAGUUGAUUGCCCAGGUCAUGCUCUACUCCCAAGGUUUCCGUACUGCCGAAGUUCUUGCCAAUAAGAUAGUACCAUUCUUCAAGCUUUGUGAUGAGCAGCUGUCCUCCCAAAGUCACUAUGAUUUUGGCCUGAGAGCACUGAAGAGUGUGCUGGUUAGUGCAGGUAAUGUGAAGAGGGAGAGGAUUCAGAAGAUAAAGCGGGAGAAGGAAGAGCGUGGGGAAGUCGUUGAUGAGGGAGAAAUCGCUGAGAACUUGCCAGAGCAAGAGAUCCUGAUACAAAGUGUAUGUGAAACUAUGGUGCCAAAACUGGUUGCAGAAGACAUUCCACUGCUGUUCAGUCUCCUUUCUGAUGUAUUCCCUGGAGUACAGUAUCACCGUGGAGAGAUGACAGCCUUGAGAGAGGAACUGAAGAAAGUGUGUCAGGAAAUGUACCUUACCUAUGGUGAUGGAGAAGAAGUUGGUGGCAUGUGGGUUGAAAAGGUUCUUCAGCUGUAUCAGAUUACACAGAUAAAUCAUGGUUUGAUGAUGGUUGGUCCCUCUGGAAGUGGAAAGAGCAUGGCCUGGAGAGUACUUCUGAAGGCCCUUGAACGGCUGGAGGGUGUAGAAGGUGUUGCUCACAUUAUAGAUCCAAAAGCAAUCAGCAAAGAUCACCUCUAUGGUACUUUGGAUCCAAAUACCAGGGAAUGGACAGAUGGCUUGUUUACACAUGUCCUGAGAAAAAUCAUAGACAAUGUGAGAGGUGAACUACAAAAACGUCAGUGGAUUAUCUUUGAUGGUGAUGUAGACCCUGAAUGGGUUGAGAACUUGAACUCUGUUCUGGAUGACAACAAACUUCUGACUCUGCCAAAUGGAGAACGUCUCAGCCUCCCACCAAAUGUGCGUAUCAUGUUUGAAGUACAGGAUCUGAAAUAUGCCACUUUGGCUACUGUGUCAAGGUGUGGUAUGGUCUGGUUCAGCGAGGAUGUUCUCAGUACAGACAUGAUAUUCAAUAACUUCCUGGCCAGACUAAGAAGCAUUCCUCUGGAUGAAGGUGAGGAGGAAGCUCAGCGCAGGCGAAAGGGCAAAGAAGAUGAAGGAGAAGAAGCAGCAUCCCCAAUGUUGCAGAUUCAGAGAGAUGCUGCAACAAUAAUGCAGCCAUAUUUCACAUCCAAUGGCCUGGUGACCAAGGCACUUGAACACGCUUUCAAGCUGGAGCACAUUAUGGACCUGACGCGCCUGCGCUGCCUGGGCUCUCUGUUCUCCAUGCUGCACCAGGCCUGCCGCAACGUGGCCCAGUACAAUGCCAACCAUCCCGACUUCCCCAUGCAGAUAGACCAGCUGGAGCGUUACAUCCAGAGGUACCUGGUCUAUGCGAUCCUGUGGUCUCUUUCUGGAGACAGUCGUUUGAAAAUGAGAGCGGAGCUGGGCGAAUACAUCAGGAGAAUCACCACUGUGCCACUGCCAACUGCACCCAACAUACCUAUAAUUGACUAUGAGGUGUCCAUUACAGGUGAAUGGGUGCCAUGGCAAUCCAAAGUUCCUCAAAUUGAAGUUGAAACACACAAAGUUGCAGCUCCUGAUGUUGUAGUGCCAACUCUAGAUACAGUUCGCCAUGAAGCAUUGCUGUACACUUGGCUGGCAGAACACAAACCUCUGGUGCUUUGUGGACCACCAGGUUCUGGAAAGACCAUGACCCUCUUCAGUGCUCUCAGAGCUCUGCCUGACAUGGAGGUGGUUGGACUCAACUUUUCAAGUGCUACCACUCCAGAACUGCUGUUGAAAACUUUUGAUCACUACUGUGAAUACAGGCGUACCCCUAAUGGAGUGGUGCUGGCUCCUGUGCAGUUAGGAAAGUGGCUGGUGCUGUUCUGUGAUGAAAUCAACUUGCCAGAUAUGGAUAAGUACGGCACACAGAGAGUCAUAUCCUUCAUUAGACAGAUGGUGGAACAUGGAGGAUUCUACCGUACAUCUGACCAGACAUGGGUGAAACUGGAGAGAAUUCAGUUUGUUGGUGCAUGUAAUCCACCUACUGAUCCUGGAAGAAAACCUCUGUCACACAGAUUUUUACGACAUGUUCCUGUGGUUUAUGUGGACUAUCCUGGACCAGCUUCACUUACUCAGAUAUAUGGAACAUUCAACCGUGCAAUGCUGAGGCUGAUCCCAUCACUUCGCACGUAUGCAGAGCCUCUCACUGCUGCUAUGGUAGAAUUCUACACGAUGUCUCAGGAGAGAUUCACUCAAGACACGCAGCCACAUUACAUCUACUCGCCUCGUGAGAUGACUCGGUGGGUGAGAGGUAUAUUCGAGGCGUUAAGACCACUGGAAACCUUACCAGUUGAAGGCCUUAUCAGGAUUUGGGCCCACGAAGCCUUACGUCUCUUCCAGGACAGACUUGUGGAAGAUGAGGAGAGACGCUGGACUGAUGAGAACAUUGACAUGGUUGCUCUGAAACACUUCCCCAACAUUGACAAAGAAAAGGCUAUGAGCAGACCUAUCUUGUACAGCAACUGGCUGUCAAAGGAUUAUAUUCCAGUGGAUCAAGAAGAAUUGAGAGACUAUGUGAAAGCCAGGCUUAAAGUCUUCUAUGAAGAAGAACUUGAUGUACCACUUGUCCUGUUCAAUGAAGUCUUGGAUCAUGUGUUAAGAAUUGACCGAAUCUUCCGUCAGCCACAGGGCCACUUGCUGCUAAUUGGAGUCAGUGGAGCAGGGAAAACAACCCUGUCAAGAUUUGUUGCCUGGAUGAAUGGUUUGAGUGUCUACCAAAUCAAGGUUCACAGAAAAUACACAGGUGAAGAUUUUGAUGAAGACCUUAGGACAGUAUUGAGACGCUCUGGUUGCAAAAAUGAAAAAAUAGCUUUUAUUAUGGAUGAGUCAAACGUCUUGGAUUCUGGAUUCCUGGAGAGAAUGAACACUCUCCUAGCCAAUGGAGAGGUUCCUGGUCUCUUUGAAGGAGACGAAUAUGCUACCCUCAUGACUCAGUGUAAAGAAGGAGCACAGAAAGAAGGUUUAAUGUUAGAUUCACAUGAGGAACUCUACAAAUGGUUCACCAGCCAAGUUAUUCGCAAUCUCCAUGUAGUGUUCACUAUGAAUCCAUCUUCUGAGGGCCUGAAGGACAGGGCAGCUACCUCUCCUGCACUCUUCAACAGAUGUGUCCUGAACUGGUUUGGAGACUGGUCAACCGAGGCACUGUACCAAGUUGGCAAAGAGUUCACAAGCAAAAUGGAUCUUGAGAAACCAAAUUACAUUGUGCCUGAUUACAUGCCAGUUGUGUAUGAUAAGCUGCCACAACCACCAUCGCACAGGGAGGCUAUUGUUAAUAGCUGUGUGUUUGUUCAUCAGACUCUUCACCAGGCUAAUGCUCGGCUGGCAAAACGAGGAGGCAGAACCAUGGCAAUCACACCACGCCACUAUUUGGACUUCAUCAACCAUUAUGCCAACUUGUUCAAUGAGAAGCGAAGUGAACUGGAGGAGCAGCAAAUGCAUCUGAACGUUGGUCUCAGAAAAAUCAAGGAAACGGUUGAUCAGGUGGAGGAAUUGCGGCGUGACCUAAGAAUAAAGAGUCAGGAGCUGGAAGUGAAAAAUGCAGCAGCCAAUGACAAGCUGAAAAAGAUGGUGAAAGACCAACAGGAAGCUGAGAAGAAAAAGGUUAUGAGCCAGGAGAUUCAGGAACAGCUGCACAAGCAGCAGGAGGUCAUUGCAGACAAGCAGAUGAGUGUGAAAGAAGAUCUUGACAAGGUGGAGCCUGCUGUCAUUGAAGCUCAGAAUGCUGUGAAGUCAAUAAAGAAGCAGCACCUGGUAGAGGUCCGUUCCAUGGCUAACCCACCUGCAGCAGUUAAGCUGGCCCUGGAGUCCAUCUGCCUGCUGUUAGGUGAAAGCACCACUGACUGGAAACAAAUACGUUCCAUCAUCAUGAGGGAGAACUUCAUUCCAACCAUUGUUAACUUCUCUGCUGAGGAAAUCAGUGAUGCCAUCAGGGAGAAGAUGAAGAAAAACUACCUGUCGAAUCCGAGUUACAACUAUGAAAUUGUAAACAGAGCAUCACUGGCCUGUGGACCUAUGGUGAAAUGGGCAAUUGCACAGCUGAACUAUGCUGACAUGUUGAAAAGAGUGGAACCUCUACGCAAUGAACUGCAGAAGCUGGAGGAUGAUGCCAAAGACAACCAACAGAAAGCAAAUGAAGUGGAGCAGAUGAUUCGUGAUCUUGAGGCCAGUAUUGCCCGUUACAAAGAAGAAUAUGCAGUACUGAUUUCGGAGGCUCAAGCUAUUAAGGCAGAUUUGGCUGCUGUUGAAGCAAAAGUAAACCGUAGCACGGCUCUUCUGAAGAGUCUUUCUGCUGAACGUGAAAGAUGGGAGAAGACAAGUGAAACUUUCAAAAACCAGAUGUCCACUAUUGCAGGAGACUGUUUACUUUCAGGAGCUUUUAUUGCCUAUGCUGGCUACUUUGAUCAGCAGAUGCGUCAGAAUCUGUUCACUACAUGGUCUCACCAUUUGCAGCAAGCAAAUAUCCAGUUCCGCACAGACAUCGCAAGGACCGAGUACCUUUCCAACGCCGACGAGCGGCUGCGCUGGCAGGCGAGUUCCCUGCCUGCAGAUGACCUGUGCACAGAGAAUGCCAUCAUGCUCAAGCGCUUUAACAGGUAUCCGUUGAUUAUCGAUCCCUCUGGGCAAGCUACAGAGUUUAUCAUGAAUGAAUAUAAAGACCGUAAGAUAACUCGUACAAGCUUCUUGGAUGAUGCUUUCAGGAAGAAUUUGGAAAGUGCCUUGAGAUUUGGUAACCCACUUCUAGUCCAGGAUGUGGAGAGCUAUGAUCCAGUUCUGAAUCCCGUUCUGAAUCGUGAAGUCCGAAGAACUGGAGGCAGAGUUCUGAUUACUCUGGGAGACCAAGAUAUUGAUUUGUCACCAUCCUUCGUUAUCUUCCUUUCCACCCGAGAUCCAACAGUUGAAUUCCCACCAGACCUCUGCUCUCGCGUUACGUUUGUGAACUUCACAGUAACUCGCAGCAGCUUGCAGAGCCAGUGUCUGAAUGAAGUCCUGAAAGCUGAAAGACCAGAUGUUGAUGAAAAACGCUCUGACCUCCUCAAGCUUCAGGGUGAAUUUCAGCUGCGCUUACGUCAAUUGGAAAAAUCCCUACUACAAGCACUUAAUGAAGUGAAGGGACGUAUCCUGGAUGAUGACACCAUCAUUACUACACUUGAGAACCUGAAGAAGGAAGCAGCAGAGGUCACCAGAAAAGUAGAAGAGACUGAUAUUGUCAUGCAAGAAGUGGAGACUGUUUCCCAGCAGUACUUGCCUCUUUCUACAGCUUGCAGCAGUAUCUACUUUACUAUGGAGUCACUGAAACAGAUACAUUUCCUGUACCAGUACUCCCUCCAGUUUUUCUUGGACAUCUAUCACAAUGUCUUGUAUGAGAACCCAAAUCUGAAGGGAAUUACAGACCAUACUCAUCGUCUCUCAAUCAUCACAAAGGAUCUCUUUCAGGUGGCCUUCAACCGAGUGGCACGUGGCAUGCUGCACCAGGAUCACAUAACGUUUGCCAUGUUGUUGGCCCGGAUCAAACUGAAAGGCACUAUUGGGGAGCCUACAUAUGAUGCAGAAUUCCAGCACUUCUUGAGAGGGAAGGAGAUUGUACUGAACACUGCAUCUCUCCCCAAAAUCAAUGGCUUGACUGUAGAGCAAACAGAGGCAAUGAUGAGGUUGAGCUGCCUUCCUGCAUUUAAGGACCUUGUUUCCAAAGUUCAAGCUGAUGAGCAAUUCUGUAUCUGGCUGGACAGCAGUUCCCCAGAACAGACUGUACCAUACCUUUGGACUGAAGAAAAACCUUCAACUCCCAUUGGACAGGCCAUUCAUCGCUUGCUUCUGAUUCAGGCCUUCCGUCCGGAUCGUUUGUUGGCCAUGGCACAUACCUUUGUGUCAACAAAUCUUGGAGAGUCUUUCAUGUCCAUUAUGGAGCAGCCUUUAGAUCUGACACACAUUGUGGAUACAGAGGUGAAACCAAAUACCCCUGUGCUGAUGUGUUCAGUGCCUGGUUAUGAUGCCAGUGGUCAUGUUGAAGACCUUGCAGCUGAGCAGAAUACACAAAUCACUUCUAUUGCUAUUGGUUCUGCGGAAGGGUUUAACCAAGCAGAUAAAGCAAUAAACACAGCAGUGAAGUCUGGAAGAUGGGUAAUGCUGAAGAACGUUCACCUGGCUCCUGGCUGGCUCAUGCAACUAGAAAAGAAACUACAUUCCCUGCAACCCCAUGCUUGCUUCAGGCUCUUCCUUACCAUGGAGAUUAAUCCAAAGGUGCCAGUGAAUUUGUUACGUGCCGGCCGGAUCUUUGUGUUUGAGCCUCCUCCUGGUGUAAAGGCAAACAUGCUGAGGACCUUCAGUAGCAUUCCAGUUUCUAGGAUGUGCAAGUCUCCAAAUGAGCGUGCUCGUUUAUAUUUCCUCCUUGCCUGGUUCCAUGCCAUUAUCCAAGAGCGCCUGCGCUAUGCUCCGUUGGGCUGGUCCAAGAAGUACGAGUUUGGAGAGUCUGACCUGAGAUCUGCCUGUGACACAGUGGAUACCUGGCUGGAUGAUACAGCAAAGGGUCGCCAGAACAUUUCCCCUGAUAAGAUCCCCUGGUCUGCACUGAAGACUCUGAUGGCCCAGUCUAUCUAUGGAGGUCGUAUCGAUAAUGAAUUUGAUCAACGUUUGUUAAACACUUUCUUGGAACGUCUGUUCACCACCUUAAGUUUUGACAGUGAAUUCAAACUGGCUUGCAAGGUUGAUGGACACAAAGAUAUUCAGAUGCCAGAUGGAAUCAGGCGUGAAGAGUUUGUCCAGUGGGUUGAGAUGCUCCCAGAUACACAAACACCAUCAUGGCUGGGACUGCCAAAUAAUGCAGAGAAAGUUCUUCUCACCACACAAGGCAUAGAUAUGAUCAGUAAAAUGCUGAAAAUGCAGAUGCUGGAGGAUGAGGAUGAUCUGGCUUAUGCAGAAACUGAGAAGAAGACAAGAACUGAUUCUACAUCAGAUGGACGCCCAGCCUGGAUGAGAACACUGCAUACCACAGCCUCUAACUGGCUUCACCUUAUCCCACAAACUCUAAACCAUCUGAAGCGGACUGUGGAAAACAUUAAAGAUCCUCUGUUCCGGUUCUUUGAGAGAGAGGUGAAAAUGGGAGCUAAGCUGCUCCAGGAUGUUCGUCAGGACCUGGCAGACGUGGUUCAAGUGUGUGAAGGGAAAAAGAAACAAACCAACUAUUUGCGUACACUGAUAAAUGAGCUGGUGAAAGGUAUUUUGCCUCGUAGCUGGUCUCAUUACACAGUGCCAGCUGGUAUGACCGUUAUCCAGUGGGUGUCUGACUUCAGUGAACGCAUUAAACAGCUCCAGAAUAUUUCCCAGGCAGCUGCAUCUGGUGGAGCAAAAGAACUGAAGAACAUCCAUGUGUGCCUGGGUGGCCUGUUUGUACCAGAGGCAUAUAUUACUGCUACAAGACAAUAUGUUGCCCAGGCAAACAGUUGGUCCCUUGAAGAGCUCUGUCUUGAGGUCAAUGUUACAACUACCCAGAACGCAGUCCUGGAUGCCUGCAGCUUUGGAGUCACAGGCCUGAAGCUUCAGGGAGCUACGUGCAGUAACAACAAGCUGUCGCUUUCAAAUGCUAUUUCAACUGUCCUGCCCAUUACUCAGCUUCGCUGGAUCAAGCAGACAAAUGCUGAUAAAAAAGCAAAUGUUGUUACUUUACCAGUUUAUCUGAACUUCACUCGUGCUGAUCUGAUUUUCACCGUUGACUUUGAAAUAGCCACCAAGGAAGAUCCCCGCAGCUUCUAUGAACGUGGUGUUGCAGUUCUCUGCACUGAGUGAACAAAUCUAUUUUCUCUGGUUAAUGCUGUAGCAAGUGUCAGUCUUCUAUGUAGUGCUCACCUGUACUUUUGUAAUCAGGGUAGGUUAGCAGAUGGAUUUGUGUCAAGUUGGCUGGAAAGGUGACGGUGCAAUGGGAAGCUGGUAGGCCAGAGAGAUUUCUUUGAAGGAAGAUUGAAUGAGGUUUUUAGAGGAUUAUUGGUAGAUGUGAUAUUUGAUGGAUUAUGUUGUAUUAAAUAAAAUAUAUAGCAAAACUUUUGACCAUC